AUGACUUUAUUGAAAUGCUAUUUGAGUCAUUAUACCAAUCGAUUAAUACGUAAAAUUCGCUACAAAGAAGCAUGGGUCCAUGUAACAUUAGCACGUCAGCAUCGUCGUCAUUUAUUAUCGAAACAGCAAAUAGUCGAUGUUUAUCCACAAAUCAUUGUCGACGUUCCUAAAAUAUCAUUGAAUCGAAUUCAAUUAGAUUAUCUUUCCAAAAGUGGACGUAAUUAUAUCAGAUCGACUCAAAGUUCUCUUCAUUCUUAUAAACAUCAAGAAAAACAUGUACAGGAAGAACAUAAGAACAUUAUGAAUGUGAUAACUCGUUAUCCUAUCUGUGAGCGUCAUAUUGCACUAAAAGCAACAAUUAUCAGAGAGUUUUCUCAACACUUGGAAACAAGUCUACAUCAACAAUAUAUGAUUCCAUUAUCUUAUCUAAACAUAUAUCGAACACGAAAAGAAUUCAAACUAAUGAAAUCGAUUCAACAUAGACUAAAGAAAGGAAACUAUAUUCUUCGCGAAACAGAUAAAAGUGGAAUUUUUCAUAUUGGCAAUUCAGUUGAUUAUGAAAAGAAAGCAGAAGCUUAUCGACAAAAAACCGGCGCUUAUAUUGAAUUAGAUUCGAAUCCGUUAUGGAGUGUAUUUGAUAAAGUUAUUCUUUUGCUCAAUGAUCUUCGUUCAAAAAAAUAUAUUCUGUCAUGGCAACUAGAUAAAAUGAUGUCGAAGCGAGAAAAAAUUCAGUUUGCCUAUUUAUAUUUCAUUCCUAAGCCUCAUAAUACAGGAACACCAUUGAGGCCUAUUGUAUCAUCAUUGAAUAUGCCAACAACAAGAAUUUCAAAGUUUUUGGACAAAUUAAUACAACCGAUAUUUGAUAAACAUGCGCGUUCAACCACAAUAAUUGAUGGAGUUGAUUUGAUUCAUCGUUUAGAAGCGUACACAACAAAUGGGCAUCUCAUACCAAAAACUUAUUUGUGUACGUUUGAUAUUACAGAUUUAUAUACGAUGUUACCACAAGAAGAAUCACUUGAUAUUCUAAUUGAAUUUCUCCUUCAAUAUGACUAUCAAAAAGUUCAAAAUAUUCCAAUUGAUAUAAUUCGAAAGUUAGCUCUUAUCUUCAUUAAUGAAAACGUUUUCGUUUAUGAGAAGAAAUUCUAUCGACGAGUCAUUGGUGGUGCGAUGGGCUCCGCAUUUACUUUAACACUAGCUAAUAUUUUCAUGUGGAAAUGGGAGAAACAACUUGUACACCGACUAAAAGUAUCCAAUGAAAUCUAUGGGCGGUAUUUAACAUGGUUCAUAAAAGAAUAUUUUGUGCAUUUAAUGUCUCAUUUUAGAUGUGUUGAUGAUAUUUUCUUUACGUCGAACGACUCACUAGAAUCUAUUGACCAAAUGUUAGAUGAAGCUAAUAACUUUCAUCCUAACAUUAAACUAGUGCGACAAAUCGGUAGAAGUGCUCCAUUUCUUGAUGUACUCAUUGAGAACAGAAAGGGCACUUUAAUAACUUCAGUGUAUCAUAAAGAAGCAGCUGAGCCGUAUGUCGUGCCAUUUGGAUCAAAUCACCCUGAUCAUGUUUUCCGAAACACUGUUGAUACUGCUAUUACGAGAGCAGUUCGUUAUUCAACAGCCGUAUCUGAAUUCGAAGAAGAAAUACGACAAAUGAAACUCAUGUUUCUCUAUAAUGGGUACUCGCCAAGACAUAUCCAUUGGCGACUCACUACAUUAUUCAGUAAAUAUUUAUCAAAGUAUUUCAUUUUGCCUAUGUUCAAUAACCCUGAUGACUUCGAUUAUUUACGUCAUCAGUUAUUGGCAAAAUCAACAGAUAAAAUAUAUAAUAGAACAGCCAAAAGCUCAACUACCGAUCAAACCAGUGACAAAAAUAUGCAAAAUCAGCUUGUGCAACCUACAGACAACAACGAAAUAACAAAAAGAAAAAAUCUCAUCAUUCAUAAAAGACAUGAACAAAGACUCACCCAAAAUCAAUAUCAUAUUCAUGAAUUGUGGAUGCGUACUUUUCAUGGAACCGACGUCACCAAUACUGCUCUAAUUGUCGGAACUUCUUUGAAUCGCAACUUAAAACAGGAACUGAUGCCCAAUAUGAUCAAAUAUAAUCGACGUGCGGGAAUCAACCACGAGACCACAACGCAACAUGAGACUGGUAAACAAACAUAA